CAGGAAAUUUCUCUCUAGAGUAAAUGAAAGACGGUGAUAGACUUUUCAAGCAUCUAGGUCUUUGUAUAUAAAAAUAUUCCGUGUUAUAUUCAGAAAACAAGAGAAACAAUGGAGUUGUCUACCUUUAACAGAGUGUUUUCACUUGUUUCCCUUUGCUUGCUUGUUAUGUUACACUUUACACUUAAUCUUGCUUCUGAUUCUUCUGAUGAAGCGAAUGCCCUCGUCAAAUGGAAAGACAGUCUUCGGAAUCAUGACCAGUCUCUCCUGCCUUCGUGGACUCUUUAUCCCGUUAAUUCUACCCAACUAAGCGCAUGUACCUGGGCCGGAAUUUCUUGCGACCAUGCCGAACGUGUUGAAAGUAUUAUCCUUACGAAUACAAGUUUAGAAGGUACACUUGAUGAAUUCUCCUUCUCAUUAUUUCCUCAUCUCUUGUAUCUUGAUCUGAGCAUGAAUCAACUCUUUGGAAGCCUUCCACCUCAGAUUGGUAAUUUCUCCAACCUCACACACCUUGAUUUGUCAAAUAAUCAAUUGUCUGGGAAUAUACCACCAGAAAUUGGCCUUUUAACACAUCUGGAGAUCCUUCACCUUUCUUUCAAUCAGUUAAAUGGUUCAGUACCAGAAGAAGUAGGCCAGUUAAGUUCUCUUAAAGAGCUUGUCUUGUCCCAUAACAACUUGGGCGGUCUGAUUCCUUCUUCUUUGGUCAAUUUGAGCAACUUGGCUCAAUUGUCUCUUUCUAAUAAUUCACUUUCGGGCUCAAUUCCUAAGGAGAUAGGAAAUCUGAAAUUACUUUUCAGACUCGAGUUGAAGCAAAAUCAAAUAAGUGGCUCUAUUCCUCCUUCUAUUGGUAAUAUGAGUAACUUAGAAUUUUUGUAUCUAGAUAAGAAUAGCCUUUCUGGUUCCAUUCCUCAUUUUAUGGAAAAUUUGAAGUCUCUUUCUGAUCUAAGGUUGUGUGAAACUCAACUAAGUGGUUUGCUUCCUUCUUUCAUUGGUAAUUUGAACAACCUAAAAUAUUUGUAUCUUUGCCAUAACAACUUUUCUGGUUCCAUUCCCAAAGAGUUAGGAAAAUUAAAAUCUCUUUCUUACUUAGGAUUAAAUGAAAACCAACUCAGUGGUUCAAUUCCUGUUUCAAUUUAUAAUUUAAGUGACUUAAAAUUUUUGAUCUUGUCGGAUAAUAGUCUUUCUGGUUCUGUUCAUCAAGAAAUUGGAAAUUUCAUGAACUUGACUGGACUGGUACUACAGGACAACCAUUUCACUGGAAAUUUGCCCCAUAGUGUUUGCCGAAGUGGAUCACUCAAGUACUUAGAUGUACAUGACAACCAUUUUUUUGGUCCAAUCCCCAUAAGCUUGAAAAAUUGUACAAGCCUAGUCAGAGUACUGGUCGGACACAAUCAGCUCACUGGACAUAUCACGAAAGAUUUUGGCAUCUACCCAAAUUUGACUUUCUUAGAUCUCAGCCAUAAUAAAUUUUAUGGUGAAAUCUCAUCCAAUUGGAUAAAGUGCCCGCAAUUAAGUACCCUAAAGAUUGCAUGGAAUCAAAUUACAGGAAGGAUACCUCCAGAGAUUGGAAAUUCAUCUCGAUUGCAUGUGCUUGAUCUUUCUUCGAAUCAUUUGGUUGGGAAGAUUCCUAAGGAACUAGGAAAGUUGGUUUCUAUGAACAAUCUGGUUUUGAAUGGGAAUCAACUUUCUGGAGGUAUACCUCAGGAACUUGGCUUACUCAUUGAACUUGAGUACCUUGACUUGUCUGCAAAUAGAUUGAACAAGUCAAUCCCAAAUGAUCUUGGGUACAUGUUGAAAUUACACUACUUGAAUUUGAGUAACAAUCAGCUUAAUUUAUGAUUACCUUGAAAAGGGUAGCUUGAAUAAAGCUCUGGGAUGUGAGGUGGAAGCAAGGAAACUGGAUUGGAAUAUGAGAAUAGGGAUUUUAAGAGGUGUGGCUCAUGCCUUGUCUUACCUACAUCAUGAUUGUUUUCCACCAAUUGUCCAUCGAGAUAUAUCAAGCAAGAAUGUGUUGCU